UGCUGUGUGCUGUAAUUCUCCGUAUCUGUCCUUAUUCUGUAUGUAUGGACUCUGCACAGUCCCACUUCUCCUGUUCCUGUAUGCUGGGUGUCAUUCUCGGUAUGUCCUCUUAUUCUGUAUGUAUGGACUCUGCUCAGUACCUCUUCUCCUGUCCUGUAUGCCGGGUGUCAAUCUCGGUAUCUGUCCUUAUUCUGUAUGUUUGGACUCUGCACAGUCCCAUUUCUCCUGUCCUGUAUGCCAGGUGUCAUUCUCGGUAUCUGUCCUUAUUCUGUAUGUAUGGACUCUGCACAGUCCCACUUCUCCAGUCCCUGUACGCUGGGUGUCAUUCUCGGUAUGUCCUCUUAUUCUGUAUGUAUGGACUCUGCACAGUCCCACUUCUCCAGUCCUGUAUGCCGGGUGUCAUUCUCAGUACCUGUCCUUAUUCUGUAUGUAUGGACUCUGCACAGUACCACUUCUCCUGUCCUGUAUGCCAGGUGUCAUUCUCGGUAUGUCCUCUUAUUCUGUAUGUAUGGACUCUGCAUAGUCCCACUUCUCCUGUCCUGUAUGCUGGGUUGUCAUUCUCGGUAUGUCCACUUAUUCUGUAUGUUUGGACUCUGCAUAGUCCCACUUGUCCUGUCCUGGAUGCCGGGUGUCAUUCUUGGUAUGCCUCUUAAUUUGUAUGUAUGGACUCUGCAUAGUCCCACUUCUCCAGUCCUGUAUGUCGGGUGUCAUUCUCGGUAUGUCCUCUUAUUCUGUAUGUAUGGACUCUGCAUAGUCCCACUUCUCCUGUCCUG